CAAAAAGGUAUUCCGAGAGAUAGUUCGUGGAAGUUGGACCACACGUUGUGAAAACGUGUGUAGAUUAGAUUGAUUAAAUGUAUUUUUUUUCUAAAUCGCUUACAUUGACUUACGAACAUUUAUUGACUUGAUUCAAAAUGGUGGCUGCUUCUUUUGCAUGUUUUCCCGCUCCGAAGGUACAUGAAACACAACCCAACAGUUUUUUACAUUCCAGUACAGAGCCAGAUUUCUACUUUCAUUUUCGUUGAAAUUUAACAUUUGCAUUACGGAAACUUCUUGAAUACUUGCAAUAUUUUAAGAGAAGUUAAGUUAAUUUCCACACAAGUGUCAACAUGGCGUAUCGAAAAACGUACUAGGGCCUAGAGAAAUAUCAGAAAUUAGCAACUCGCCCAAGUUCUCACAUUAUUAGGCCUAGUUGAAAUGCACACUACAAUUGAGUUAUAACUUUGAAAAUGUUAUCGAAGAAAACUUUAUUGAUGAUUGUGUAAAACGAAAGCAAAGCAUGACCAGUACAGUACUCGGCCCAAUCGUUAAAAAUUCAGCAAAUUUCUAGAAUGAACAUGUUGAUUUAGCUAGCUCCUAAACUUGUUAAAUUCGAUUCCAAAUUAGGAUUUUAUAAUCGAUGUAAUCAAUAAUAUGAUUACGAUGUGACCGUUGGAGCGAGCGCAGCAUAUCUGAAUACAUUUUCAAAAAAUGUAUAUUGAAAACAAGGAAAUCUGAUCUGGUUCACUGUCAAUACGUAGGAUUACUGUCUUGCUUUUCUCGCCAAUGUAGGAACCAGUUUAGCGGGAAAUGCAACGAGCGUGUUGUGACGUAGCCUGGUAGUUGUGACGUGACUGUUUACAUUUCUUUAGACAAUAUUUUAAAAAGAAAAAGAAAGGGGGAAGAAUGAUUGUCAUCCUUUCCUUUCAAAUAAGAAAGGUUUCAUGUAAUACUUCAAAGAGUUUUUUUUAUUAUUAUUUUACGAAUCGAACCAUCUGCCAUUUUGUACGAGGGACUUCUGGGAUUGGCGUCAAAAAAAAAUUCUUGUUAGAGGUUGAGAUUUAGCUCGGAUUAUUUCCCGCGCUCUAGUCAUUAGAGCUCGCAGUACGAGCCUGCGCUCGCUAUAAAUUUAAGGUGGGAUCAUAGCAUAGUUUAAUAAACAUACUGUUGCAGGAGUUGCUUAUCUGUUAUGUUUAAUUAGAAGCCCUUGUUACAGCUUGAUAAUAUGCGAUACUAAUGGUACUUAACUGCUGGUUAGAAAAUUAAUAAAAUACAUUGUCUUUAUAUGUUAUAUAUGUCAAAACAUACUGCAGUGAUACCCCAACCCACUACUUCAAUGUCAACUUCUUUGUAAAUGUGCAUCCUUCAUUAGCAUGUAUAGCAUCUAUGUGUGUGUGUGUGUUCGAUUUACUGCAAAUAUACAAGAACUAAUAUAUUUCAUAGCAAACACCAAUUACCAAACAUUUGAUGAAUGUUGCCCUUCCUGGAUUUCUCAAAAAGAAUUAAGGAAACUUGUGACUGCUCAAAUAGAAGAAAACUCGAUUUAAGAUUUUUUCAAGAAAUCCAAGCUUGGUAACACUCUAUCAAUCUCGGGAAGUAUAACAUUGUUUACAGUUGUAACAGGAAGGGAGAAAAUGCUACGUACCAGACUGGGUUUCAAACCCAGGCCCCCUGAAUCUCCAGUCAGUUGCUCUACAGGCAAUGAAAUAAAGGGGAAAUACUCGCCAAAUGCGAGUUGAAAAAUGGAAUUGCGAGUAAAAAAUCACAAGUGAUCGCAACUUUUUGCAAGUGAAAAAACCGCCGAUCUUUUCCCCGGAUUUCCUCGGUUUAUUGGCUGUACUUUGAAGUUUACAAUAAUUUGUUUUGAGCAUAGAAACACUUUACAGAAUGAAUAUACAAGUAUUUAAUAAGUAAACGUGGAUCAAAUAAAUAACUAAGGCCAAGGUCAUCUCAGUCAGUGAUGUCGAAGAUGGCCUACUUCAAGCACACUUCAGGUGUCUCAAUGUCAUCUGAUUUAAAUAGCAAGCAUGUUGAUUUCGUCUGUGUCAACAUGAAACAACAAAUGACAGUGUUAGUGUCACUGUUUCACGUGGUGUCCUUCUGUACUCUAUAGUCAAAUACUUCGAGUUCGCAGGGUUUUCUUUUCAACUAGAAUUUUUUAGAUUAAAUUUCCAAAAGUUUUGAACAUAUAGUUUGAAUUGGCGCAAACAGUCUUUAAGAUUUCAAACCACAUGAUGUUGUAAAUAGGUGGUAGAUCUCUGGACAGCGAGUACGCCGCACAAGUGUACCCUAUGACCCUCACCAUGCACCAUGUAUGUUGUCUGAUAAUUAAUUAGAUUUUAAAUGAAAGAAUUCGCAAUCUUAUUUUUAUUAUUGCACUUUAAAGGAGAUUUUAAAAGAUUUACCCUAUAUUUUGAUAAAGAGACAUGCUUGUUUUCUUAAAUUCAUGUAAAACAGCAAUCGAUUGAAAAAUGCUAGUAAAAGCUCAAUUUUGCUAGUUGGAAAAUAAUCCACUAGCUAAAAUUUGCUAGUAGUGAAAAAAGUUAAUACGCCGGUUUCGAGAUACGUCCGAGUUAUUUCCCUUUGGAGAACUCUCGUACAUAGUAAGGUGCUAAAGAAUUUGUUUACAUGCGGGAGUGGGACAGAUAUUCAUCACAGCGUAAGUGAAUGUACUCAGUAAGUUUCUCAUACGCUGUUUGAUAACCCGAAUUCGACUGAUACACAAAUUAAGUAAGUGAUAAGUAUUUAGGAAGUAAUUAAAUACAUAGAAUUCUUAUCCUAUCACGUUAUUUCGUCCGUCAUAAGUACCAUAUCCAAGAUAUUUCUUGCAAAUAUGACAUUGUUUGUAUGUUUCCACCUCGGUAAAACAUUUCUUUCGAUAGUAUUUAGUAUUUCCCACAUUUACAUAUUUAAAGGGAAGCCGCUUUUAAUACAUUUCAUCGUCUUCCUUGUUGGCUGUAUAUCCACUCUGUCCCACUUAGGCAUUCAAAGUUCCACUAAAUGCACCUCCUAUACAGAAGAGUUCGUAUCUCGAAACUGGCGUAUUUCGAUCCCUGCUCUACCAACCAAGCUAUUUAGCCACCAGCGAUCAAACCUGUCUGUCUGCUGCAUUCCUCCCUCCAUAAAUGUUUUCACACCUUGAAGACAACAACCCAGGAUCUUUAUCCCCUGGCAGGCAUUUUCACCUGUCAGUUUCAAGGGCUGGUCUAACGGCACCAAAUGUUAAAGGAAGGGAGAAAAUGCAGCGAACCAGGCUGGGAUUUGAACCCGGGCCCACUGAAUCUCUAGCCAGGUGCUCUACCAACUGAGCAAACUGUACACUGGUGAUCAAACCCUUCCGACUGCUAUGCAGUAAAUAUUAUACACAUGAAUUUUUUUUUGUACAGUAUGUGCCGGUUUUCUAGAGUACAUAUGACCAGAAAAUGAAAUUUUCAUCUUUAAACUUGAUAGAAACCACAGAAGAGUACACUUAAAACAGCUUUAAGAAAAACAUUCCCCUCAAAUACUGGAACAUUGCAGAGUGCACACACACACACAAAAACCUCACAAAAAUUGUACAGCAUAACUCUCUGGCCUUCAAUACUACAAAGAAUGUAUACUUGUAUCAAAUGACAUAUCACAUUAUUUUCUCUCUUUCACCACCCCUCUGUCUAUCUCCACCAGUCUUUUUCUCUCCCCACUCCUCUUUUUUUUUCUCUCUCUUGCAUUGAUGUAUGUGUAUGCAUUUGUACACUUAUUUGUGACAUGGAUCUCAAUAAAUUUGUCAUCCAAAAAAAAAACACCACAAAGAUUAAUAUUAUCAUAUACUUAGCAAACAUAACAAUAAAGUCAUGAAACUUUUGUAUAACAAACAUGCAUUCUAAACAUGUUACCAAAAAUUCACUUUCGUACACUUUGUAAGCAUUCAACAACAAUUGCGUGUAAAUUCUCUUGUAAAACAACUUGCAUAAAAAAUUUCAGAUUUAGCCUAACUUUUAACAUCUUGGAAGUUUUUUUCUCAUAGAAAACCAUGUAUUAAGGCUAUCAGUAGAAGUGACUAGUACACAUUAAGGGCUCAUGCACCUGCGGAAGAUGUUAAUUCCAAGCAGUCAGCUAAACCAAAUUAAUGGUUUUGACAUGAAUAGGGAUGGCCACUCUAGAACUAACAGCUGCACCAGGAGGUGAGAAUCGCUUGCUGUCAUUAAGGGUAACUCCGGAGCAGGAAAUUGCCAUCUAUGCAUUCUUUCAAAUCAACGGGUGGACCAUCAUCACAGAGGAGGUGCCAAAGCAGUGUGAGAUAUGCCAGAAAGCAAUUAAUGGGGAGACUCCUGAACCUGUCCAUUGUCAGAAAUGUCAAAAGGUCAUAGAGGCGGAGUCAAAGCAAAAUGAGGCUGAAUCCCAGGAACAGACAGCUGUCAUUCAGCAAAUAACACAGCAGUCCAACCAACCACAGCAAGGCUCUGUCAUAGCUCUUCAGGAUCAGAUGGGAAGAAAGGUGGUGGUCGUUGGCAACACAAUGACUAUGUCAAAUCAGAAGAUUCAGGCUCUUCCACAGCAAACAAACAGCAAUGAAACAAUCAUCAUUGAGCGAAUACUAGAAGCCAAUCAACAACAGAAGGCUGAUGUUGAGCGAGCGUUGGAAGUCACCCUGCAGAAAGGGGAUGUGGAGGCAGUCCCCCCCAAGAUCUAUAACCUAAACAACAGUUCAGAGAACCGACCUUACAAGUGUGAGGACUGUGGAAAACAUUUCAGAAAGAAGACUCAUGUUUUAGCUCACAUGAAAUUCCACAACGGGGAGGCCCUGCCUAAAUGUGAUGUCUGUGGGAAGGAGUUUCUCUACAAGCACAAUUUGAUUUCCCACGCCUCCAUUCACAGCGGGGAACGUCCAUAUCAGUGUAAUGCAUGCCCCAAGAACUUCCGUCGCAAAGAUGACUUACAGAUUCACAUGCGAACACACACUGGUGAACGGCCUUACAAGUGCGACAUUUGUGGAAAGUGUUUCACAACACAGAACCAGCUCCCCAAACACAAACGCACUCACACAGGUGAGAAGCCAUACCAAUGCACAGUAUGUAGUAAAAGUUUUCGUACUAAGCCACACCUAGAGAAACAUCACCGAACUCACAGUGGAGAGAGACCUUACAGUUGUCAGGAAUGUGGGCGUGCCUUUACCCAGAAUGCACAUCUGAUAGCACACUUGCGGACGCACACAGGAGAGAAACCAUUUGAAUGUGAUGAGUGUGACAAGGCAUUCAAAGAGAGCAAGACGUUAAAACGUCACAAACUCAUCCACAAGAAUGGCAUGCCAUUCAGCUGUCCGAUCUGCUGCAAAGGAUUUCUGAGGCAACAAAACUUGGAGGUUCACAUGUGUGUCCACUCUGAAGACGAGCCCAAGUACAAGCGUAAACUCCGCCUCAAGCGGGAAAUGUUGGAGAGAUUACGAGCAGAAGAUGACACAGAGAGUGGUCUUCAUGUGGAUGUGAGUGAUGAUUUCACUGCCUUAAAUCACGACCACAUGGAGAUGGUGAAGAGUCGGAAAGCAGACGGGAUGGAGGAACUGAGCAUGGACAGUCAGAACAUCAUUGAGGAAGAAGUGUCUGGUCUGGAUCACGAUCACCUUGACAUUGUUCCAAAGGAAGAAGCAGGGACACAGAAGAUGUCAGAGGAGAAUGGACAGAUGGUGAUUGAUACAACAGAGGAGGCCAAUCAGAAUUCCAUAGCCAGUAGUCUGCUGACCUUGGUGGAGAUGAUCACUAGUGCUGAGCAGGGAGGGGCCCAGGCAGCCAAUGUACAGCAAGUGCAGGUGUCUGGUGAUAUUGGUACCCAGCCCUCGUCCACAAGCUCCAUCAUAACAACGGCAGCAGUUCAGGGGGUAGACCAAAAGAACAUACUAAUCCCUAGCAGCAGCCAGGCAACAGGGGUCAUUCAGAAUGUCAUAAGUCAAGGCCACUCAACAGAAAUAGGUCAGGCAGAUGGACUUGCCCAGAACAUCAUUAUAACAGAGGUGGACAGUAAUGACCAACAAAUUAUUCAAACUAUGACUGGUCAGUUUAGUGAUGGUGAAACAUACGUGGUUCAGUAUGUCCAGGAAGACUCCUGAGAGAGAAAGAAGACCAACAGAUAAUCACCGUUCUAAGGGCAUCCUGUUAAGGACUGUACAAUGUACAUGCUCUUCAUAUUUAAAUUUUUUUUAACAUUGUGUUUCUGUGUUAUAAGUGUUUCAAAUGUAUUUCCUACAUUGUUUCCUUUAAUUUUUUUGUCAUUAAAGAAGGGGGUACACAUUCACUUUUAUUUAGCCCUGUGUUUCAGUGUAAACAGUUCAUAGAAAGGAAAUGAUGGUGCUUCUUUAAAACAACCCAAUACCUGAGAAGUACGAAGCUGCACAAUUUUAUCUAACUGAAUUGAAAUACACUCGGGUGAAUUUUCCCCACUUUCAUUAGAAACUACCAGAAGAUACAUGACAACUUAACUAAUAUAUGUGAUUAACCAUAUAAUAAUGCAUGAACUAUCUAAAAAUCAGCAUGGGUGAUGACUAUCAACAACUAUUUGAAAAUGAAAAACCAAAGGAGAAAAUGACCAUUUUCAUUGAUUUUUUCAUAGAUUUUCUAAACCUAAAGAUUUUGAUAACAUCACGAUUAUUCUAAACAGUGUUUGUUUGCAUUAAUGCUUUUUGUCAUACACGUAUCUAAUUUUUAUUUUAGUUUGAGAAUAUUUUGGUUGUUAGGGCAGAUAAAUGUUGAAAACAUACUUUCUUUCGAGACAGAAAUUAUUUAGGAAGUGAUUUUAAAAGAUUGGUUGUCAUUACAUGACACAGUUUGCAUGAAUAUUUUGACAUUGUGUUUUGUGAAAGAGUGGCAAGUGUGAAACACUGUAAUCCUAUAUGAGAACCACGUAUGAGAACUUGAUGUCAGAAAUUUUUAAAAACAAUUUAUUUCAAAUUAUUCUACGUUUAACAAUUGUUUUAAUUUUUGUUAUUUACUGAGUAAUAUUUAUUUUUGGAGGAUGUUUAAAUGAAAAUGUCAUGUAAAUGAUGCUCAUAUAUUACUCAUUACAAUGUAAUUUUGAUGGAAAGGAAUUCAAGUUUUCAUUUGGAAAUCUGUUCUGCUUGCAUGCAUUUUGGAGAUCAAAUCUGUGCAUGUUUUCAUUGUGGAUUUGAAUCUUAAUCUGUGUCUCUGUGUUUAUACAUGCAAUAAUCUGUUAUGAAUAUAACAGGGAUUACAUGUACAUACUGAAAGAAAAUUAUCACCUUUAUAAAUUGUUGUUUUUGAUCACUAUGUGCAUGUGCUAUACUAAACAUUCUAAAUAUUAAAGGGGUCACACGCAGGAAUACUGAUGAGAGAGAAAAUUAAUAGUUUUUUAAUAUCAAGAACAAAGAUACUAGUACUUCUGUCUAAUUUGAAAUAUACAAGCACUGUACAUGUUCAUAUGAUAUAUGCAAGCAUGUUUUAAUUGGAUUAGGGCCAGCUUGGAGUCAUGGUUAUAUGCGAUAUAAAGAAUAUCCUCCUAAGUACAAAUUGCAGGUAUCCACACUUUUGAAUGGAUCCGCAAUUUUUAUGCCCCUGAGAUUGAAGAUCGGGGGGGGGGGGGGGGCAUAUUGUUUUUGUCCUGUCAUUCUGUCUGAAACUUUAACCUUGCUAAUAACUUUUGAACAGUAAGUGAUAGAGCUUUGAUAUUUCACAUGAGUAUUCCUUGUGACAAGACCUUUCCGUGGGUACCAACAUUUUUGACCCCGUGACCUUGACCUUGGAGUUUGACCUACUUUUUGAAAACUUUAACCUUGCUAAUAACUUUUGAACAGUAAGAGAUAGAGCUUUGAUAUUUCCCAUGAGUAUUCCUUGUUACAAGAUCUUUCCAUUGGUAUUGAACCUUUUGACCUUGACAUUUGACCUACUUUUAAUUUUUUUUUUACAUUGGUCAUAACUUCUAAAUGGUAAAUAUUAGAGCUUUAAUAUUGUACAUGAGCAUUUCUUUUGACAAGAAUUCGUCAUUAUUGGGGGGCAUUUGUGUUUCACAAACACAUCUUGUUCAAGAUUCAUUUCCUAAAUACCAGUAAUUCUAAUGUUUGGUGUUUUAGGGGUUUUUUUGUGGGUGUUCUGUUUUAUACUGAAAAUGUAUAUUAGAAUUUUCCUCUAUAUAAUUGUUGCGUUGCUUUCAGGUAGUGUGUAUUGGUUUUUGAACAUUGUUUCUUCUGUUUUAAUAUUUCGUGACGAAGUGACAGCAGUAUUUCUUGGAUAAAUUUAUACCAGUUGUUUAUCAUAUCAAGUCAAACUGUAUGUAAUGGCUAGUUAUCUUUUUCAGAGACUGUGCAAAGUGUUUUUGUUAAAGUGAAGAAUGCAUUAUAAUAAUGCCCAGCUACAGCUGUCACAGCUCGCUGAAAUAGUGUCCUAAUGUUCUUGUUAUAUCAUACUGUUACAUAAUAAAAGGCUCUAUAUUA